CGCAAUUCGUGUGCAGCUGAUCAGCUGGUAUUUAGCGCGCCAGCAUUGCAUUUCAUGCUCUCAUCCGAUUGCAUCCCAUCUCGUUUCCAGAAGGAAAGUUUUCAGCCCAAAGAUGCAACUGCUUCAAAACCCAGCUAUGGCAAAGCUCGGAAUGUUUCUGACCAUCGCAAGCAUGGUAAUCAAGCUGAUGGAACUACCAUAGGCAUCUUGGUCUACUGCAAUAUGCUUUAUCUUUUCUUGCAAGAUUCUGGCGUUGAGUCAAGCAAACCCACAGAAGCAGAGCGUAUCUCUCAUCCAUGAUGAUCACCUACUUCGCAGGCGUCGUUGAACAUGGCAAACUCCCCCACCCAUGCGAUUCACCUUAACUUUGUGCCGAAACAUUUACACAGAGUUUCGGCACAUCUAACAUGCCUUUUUACGGCGGGUCCGCAAGAAUGCUGUUCCUUAAGAACAAGCAAGGCUUGAGUUUUGGUAAUCAAUUAACAAUUGGUUAACCAAAGCAACGUCGGAAUCACCCUGGGGGUUCGUCGCGGUCAGAGAUUUCUAAACUUGGCGCCAUUCGUCCGAAGGUCAUAUAGACGAUCAUACCACAGUACCUUCUCUACUUACCUUACCUACUAGUUCUAGGGCUAGACUAGUACCCAAGGUACCCAAGGUAGCUAGCUUGGAUCUUUGGGUUGUCUGGACUAAUAUGUGUUUACUAUACGCUGGAAUUGCCGCCCUGCUCUUCAGAUAUCCAACCUGCCCAGCUAAUCUUGUUCCAGCGCCCUCCGGAACCACCGCAGCUCUGCCGCGCAUAGCUCCCGAACUCGAAGUCGCCGAGGGGCAUCGAGCCGACAGCAGCGAAAUGCUCCUAUCACCGGCUCACAGUGUCAUGUUUGCGACAGGGUCAGUUCUUGUGGCUGCCUCGGUGGCGGCAGCACAGAAUGUGAUGCCUUUUGUCAACCCGGCCGUGCCAACAGGCGUUCCAAUACCCGGCAACUACAGCGGUCCUCUCCGGCCUCGCGUGCAUUUCACACCGCCGCAGCAUUUCAUGAACGAUCCGAACGGCAUGUUUAGGGACGCAAACGGUAUAUGGCAUGUCUACUACCAAUACAACCCGACAGGACUGGUCGCAGGAAACCAGCAUUGGGGCCAUGCCACGAGCCAGGAUCUCUAUCACUGGAACAACCAGAAAAUCGCCAUUUUCCCUCCCGAGGAGACUAUUUUUGCCUACUCGGGUAGCAUAGUCGUCGAUGUCAACAAUACAUCAAAGUUCUUCCCCCCUGGGAAGAAGGACGGGGUUGUCGCCAUUUUGACCUUGGCCCAGUUCAUGGAAGACGGGACUGCUGGUCCUCAAACUCAGGCCCUGGCCUACUCGAUGGACGGUGGGUUCACAUUCGAGUACUAUGACAAGAACCCAGUCAUAGGAGGCACCAGCAGUCAGUUCCGGGAUCCCAAGGUCUUUUGGUUCCAGCCGCCCCCGGGCUCGCAGUUUAUGGAAGGUUACUGGGUCAUGGCCGUUGCCUACUCCCACGAAUUUGCCGUCGGCAUCUACACCAGCACCGACCUGAAAGACUGGACGCCCAGGUCCAACUUCACCAAUCGUGGACUGCUGGGGGCCCAAUACGAAUGCCCAGGACUUGUCAAGAUGCCCAUAAGAGACGGCGUCGGCGGCCCGGUCAUCGGCGAAGCAUACGUCCUCAUCGUAUCGGUGCAGCCUGGUGCACCGCUCGGAGGUUCUGUAACCCAGUAUUUCCCCGGCAACUUCAACGGCACACACUUUUUUCCUUUCGACGACGCCACCCGCCUCACCGACUUUGCCAAGGAUAACUACGCAGCCCAGUACUUUGAGGGCCUGCCAUCAAAUAUGAAUGCCGUCAACAUGGGAUGGGCCAGCAACUGGGCAUACGCACAGCUGACGCCAACCGGUCAGCUCGAGGGCUGGCGGGGUGGUCUUACACUGCCGCGAUCAAACUACUUGACAAAGGCUCCAAGGAUCGGCUGGACCAUGGUUGACGAACCAUAUAACCUGGCGCCCGUGCUCUCUGUCAAUCCCAACGACGGAGACUCUGAGCUGACAGAGGCCGACUCCAAAUCCCUCGACAUGACGGCCUGGAACUCUGGGGCGUUCCUACUGGACGUGCUCGUCACGGGCCUCGAGUUCAAAAAGCUCAAUCCCGACGCGUCUCUCAACUUUACUCUGUCGGCCCCUGGAAACUCGAGCGAGUCACUCAAAUUUGGCAUGUAUUUUGCGGGAGACAGGCCCUUCUUUAUAGACCGCGGUCAUGCUCGAAGCCUGUUUGAGGACAACGUUUUUUUCACCGACAAAUUCUCCACGGCCGAUGUGUGGGACACCACGCCAGGGUCAAACUGGACGUUGAGGGCGAUCAUUGACAGAUCGAUAGCGGAGUUCUUUGUGGAUGGGGGGAUACACUCAGCGACCGUUACGAUCUUUCCAAGUCAACCGCUAUCGGUGCUGGGUGUGCAGAGCGGCGGGCUGAAUACAGGGGCAAAGGUUAACCUCUCUGUCAAGCCGCUCCAAGAUACUUGGGUACGAAAUGGACGGCCACCUAGCGGUGAUGCCGACGGCGACGAUGCAUAAUAAGGUUUUUUUUUUUUUUUUUUAAUGUCUGGGACAGUUGCGAGUAGUGAGCAGUGGUUGCAUACGGCAUAGUUGAGCAUAUUUUAAUGUUUUCACACUUGUCUGAUACUGUCGAUGAUGAUGCAGUAUGGCCACGUAUUAUUACUACGUCGUCGAACAAUUGAUCGUUACACGCCAAACAGCUUCUAUUCUUCCUUGCUAGGUCCAAACCUACCCUAUUCAACGC